GCUCGUCCCGCGUGCGAGUUCACGCGCUUGCCAUGCCGCGCAGUGUUAAGGUGGUGUGUUGUGGUGAAAAAACGGAGAGAGGACAAUACUCGCCUUUUUUCGUAACUGGAAUAUACAAAUAACUUCUGGAGCUGAAAAGCUUAGCUACUGUCUAGAUAUUGUGGCGGAAAGGAUAUUAUUCAUUAAACCGCGUGGCAACAUAAUGGCAUCGGACUAAUGUGCUAAGACCCUGCUUCUCAAACACUUCAGCCAAUAACUUUAGAGUUAAGAAGGAGGAAGAUUUCUAUAGGAUCAGAUGUCCAAACUAAGCGACCCCGUCUUGAUAAGAGCACAAGUGCAACUGUGAAGGUUGAGAAUGGGGUGUCAAGUGAAGAGCUGCAUUCCAAUACAGAGAGUAUGUUUGAGAAGGAGAAUGGCAGAAGAUCAUCAAGGAUGUCCUCAUGUGAGAAUGAGGACAAUCUUCCCGUCAUUGAUGGAAUUCCAGUGACACCUGCUGAUAAGGAGGAAUCCUCUCUAGAAGAUAUCUCUGUUUCCCAGAAAGCUGAUGAUGUGCAAAAGAUUUCAUCUACUGAAAAAGCUGAAGAAGUUGGUAAUGAAAGCAAACCAAAAGCAGAGGCCUCUACGAUAUCUGAUGUGGAACAACCUAGAAACAAUUCAGAGCCAUUGUUAGUGGACCCUGAGGAAACCUCUACCCUCACCAGCAGUCUGCCAGAUAUCAAAGCUGAAGAUCAGGAUGUUCCUGUGCAAAAUGAGGUUAAAGAAGUUAAUGCUGUUGUGACAGCUCCUAUGAAGCGGAAUCCACGAUCUGACAAUUCUGCUAAAUACAGUAGAGAACCUUUAACAAAUACUUUGAAGAAAACAGAUGAUCCAGCUCCCAAAGCUGUGACCAUGGAAUUGGAUCCCAACAGGUUUAAAUGCAAGUUUCUGGAUUGCUCAAAAUCCUUUCGCAAAGCUAAACUGCUUCACUACCAUAUGAAAUAUUUCCAUGGAGUUGAAAAAGCAGAGCAGGAACAGUCUCCUCUGACCAGACACAUGCAAACAAGAGGUUCUUUAGCUCAUGAAAAAGCCAACCAGGAAGCCCCAAAGAGGAGACGGACCACCUCUGGUUCUUUGAGUAAGAAAGACACCCCUUUACAGGUAUCACUUAGGAGUUCACCCCAAGAUGCUAAAGCCGAUAAGCUGAAUGAAAAGAGACGGCAUUCAACACCAGCCAUGAAUGGAUCAAGUGUUUCCCGUCCUUCACUUAGAGAGAAAAGCAAAGAGAAUCUGAUUGAAAAAGCUCACCUUAAGCCAGAAAGAACAGCAGAAAUUGAGCUCUCUGGCAGUGAGGAAAAUAUUGAUAUAUCAAAGGAACUGUCUCCUAAAAAACUGCUGCCUUCCAACCCAAGUGACUUGAAGACUAACUGUUCAGUAAAAAUAAUCCCAUUAAAGAGCUCUGACCACAGUCGUCGUAGAGAUUCAUCCAAAAUAAGUGAUGAUGAUAUGUUAAGUGAUUCUUGUACUGAGAGCUUGCUUUGGAGUGAUGAUGAUUACAAUGAAGAGAUUGAUGUUACAAAUGCUGAUGAAGAACUUGAAGAAGAUGGCGAUUGUGAAAUUGUCCGCUGCAUGUGUGAAGUUCAAGAGGAGAAUGAUUUCAUGAUUCAGUGUGAACAAUGUCUUUGUUGGCAGCAUGGUGUCUGUAUGGGGUUACUAGAAGAAAAUGUUCCUGAGAAAUAUACCUGCUAUGUUUGCCAAGAUCCACCAGGGCAGAGGCUCAGCCUGAAGUACUGGUAUGACCGAGAGUGGUUAAACAAUGGUCAUAUGCAUGGUUUGCCAUUUCUGGAAGAUAACUACUCCCACCAGAAUGCCAAGAAAAUUGUGGCUACUCAUAAGCUACUGGGAGAUGUGCAAAGGGUAAUAGAGGUUCUUCAUGGUCUUCAACUGAAGAUGAGCAUACUACAGAGCAAAGAUCACCCGGAUUUAAGGUACUGGGUCCAGCCAUGGAAACAGCAUGUUAAUGAAAAAUGCUUUAUCAACCGUAACUCAGAAGAGAGUUGCUGCAAGGAAGAUGUCACAAACUACAGGACUUUAAACGGGGCAAUGGAUAAGCCCUCAUCUGUUCCUUCUGUGGAGGAAUCCUAUAUCACCAGUGAGCACUGUUACCAAAAACCACGGACCUAUUACCCUGCUUUAGAGCAGAGACUUGUUGUUGAAACUCGAAGCUCAACAUUGGACACUGGGGUAGACCGAAUACGGCAGAGUAGGGAAGAUUCACUAGCUGAAAGACUUGGGUGGGACCUGGACAGAGAACUAAUUAAGACAGACAGUGAAUCAAAACAUAAUUACUGCAAGUCUUAGAGAGUUUUUUGGACUAUACAGGGGAACUUGAACCCCCUGAACCACUUGCACGGCUUCCUCAGUUAAAGCACCGUAUAAAGCAACUUCUUAUGGACCUUGGUAAAGUGGAACAAAUAGCUUUUUGUUGCUCAACAUGAUAUGACUGGAAGUUUUCAUGGAAGCCCUUCCAGAAGAAGAAUUUGCCUCCAGCACUGCAGAGCUUGGUUAGCAUGCAGAUUGUGUGUAGUAUGGAUAGACUGCAACUUCAAAGGAGGACACUACCUGCUCCACAGUACAAGCGCAGAUAGCUCAUACAGUCUGAUAAUGAGCUGAACUUUUAUAUGAAUGUAGUUGUGAGACUUUUUCAUUUUGUUUUCCUUUUGUUCCAGAGUGUUACAAUACAUGUCUCUAGGUUGUCAUUUCUUGCUCUUAACACCUCCAAACUGACAUUUUGCCACUAUAUACAGCUCUGCAUUGUAAUAAUAGUUGUCAUCCCUGUUAAGAAGUUUAUUUAAAUGUUUUCUAGCUUCUCUCUUCCUUUUGCAUACAUAUAGAACAGUAUUUAAUCAAUAAUAAAAUGUAGUCCUGACAUUUGCUCAAGUAUCGCAAUAACUGUUCAGCUCUUUUUAUUGUACUCUGUUGCAGCGGUAUUUGUAGGUGUUUUUUUCUUUAAAAUUUUGCUAUUUUUUGAAGUAGUGAUAAUACUGUCUCCUGUAUACCAUAAACUUGAGCAUGAUUUGAAAAGUUGAGAAUGAUCUAUAAUAUGCUUUUGUAUAAUUAACUUUCUAAUAAAUUAUGGCCAUGCUGUGCCUAAAGAGUGAGGAAAACUAAGUGAUAGUUGAAUAUAUUAUUUAAUACUGGUUCUAUGUAAAAUGGGCUGCUCUGUUAUUUUCAUGAAGAAUAUUAAAUGGCUACAAACCAGGUACUUUUAUUUCCUUUGCCUUUUUGUUUUUGCUUUCAAAGGUUAUUCGUUACCAUUCCAUAACUGUUAACAUGCUGCAUUUCAUUGUGUAGCUUUUCUGCGUUUAAGUCAUUAAUUUUCUGCAUGAGUUUAGCGGUCAUGAUGAAUCAACCAUCCAGCAUGGCUUAACCUUCUAUUUUGUAAUAACCUUUAACUGUUUCAAGUUAAUAUUCCUUACUUUUGAUCUAAGUAUUUAAAGUUAAUAGGAAUGAUACAAUAGCCUCCUGAAAUUUUGCUGACAAUAUUACACUUUAUUUCCCUGUGGUUUGACUCUGCAGAAUGGUUCAGAUCUUCAAAUAGAAUCAAUACAGAUGGUUUCUUAUAUUGUCUGAUUUGUCUGGAAUUUUUUUGCCACCUCUAUGGGCACUAUUAUUUUUUUUGUGUAUAGACUUCUUUCCCCUACCAUCAGUUGAACCCCAGAAAGGUAAUUGGAGGGCUAAGGCUAUCUGUAUUUGUUUCAUUUAAAGGCUGCAAAUAAUUAAAUUGUGUCUAAAUCUUCUUAGACUAAACUAUUUUCAAUGAAAUUGUAAUUUUUGUUUAUAUGUAAAUGGUGAGAUUUAUCCCUGUUUUUCAUGCAGUUUUUGUUAAAUAUUUUGUUGUUUUAAAUAGAACCACAUUUUUGCAUUGUUUGUCUCCAAACAGCAGGGGGGGGGGGACUCUUAAGCAGGAGAACUGAUUUUCUUUCUGAAAAUGUUCUACCUAAAAUAAAACUAUUUAACUCCA